GAUAGACUCUCGCCGCCUCGGUCGGAAUCAUAUACCCGCCGUCAUGUUCACAGGGAUGCGGGAGCAGGAGCAGGAGGACGCUGCGGCUCUGAGGCAGCAGAGGAGACUGAAACAGGCGAUCAGGUUCCUGCACAAAGACUCUGCUGAUCUGCUGCCUCUCGAUGGACUCAAGAUGCUGGGCACCUCUAAACAAGGGCAGCCGCACCAUAUCCUGCAGAAGCGCCUGCUGGAGACCAAGCUUUCCCGGGACAGGAUAAACAUGUGCGGAGUGACAGUGAACAACGGAGGGGUCCUCCUGAACUGCAGUCCUUUAAAUCCACGCGAAGACGAGGAAGAAGAGAGGGACGAUUUGAUUUAUGUGCAAUGUAAUUGUGUAGGACAGGAGGUGAAUGUGCUGAUUGACACAGGCUGCAGACUGAACCUGAUGUCCUCGCUGACUGUGGAGAGAUUAGGUUUGAAAGAGCUAGUGGAGGAGAACAAAGAGGAGAUGGAGGGGUUUCCAUUUCAGAGCAAACUCUACAUCGACGGCCACAUCAAGGGACUCAGUCUGACCAUCGGACAACUCAGGAUAAUGUGCUCAUUUGCCAUACUUGAAAGUGACAGGCCACUGAUGUCGCUGGGAAACAAGACACUUAAGUCACUAAAGUGUGUAAUUGACACUGAAAAGCAGAUGUUGGUGUUUGGGACAGCUGUGAGGGAGCAAGUUCCAUUUGUUAAAAGGCCAUUCAGAGGAAGCAGCUCCUCUGACUUCAGAGACGUGGGAUACUGAUCUUCUCACCACCAACACACAAAGUCACCAAAAGCAAUAUAAAUACUCUACUCUUAUAACUAGACCAUUAGGUUAUUAGGGGAAAUUCAGAUUUCCCACCUUUUACAUUCUCACUUUCUCUCUGACCAUUUCCUCAAUGCAUUCAUGGGUCAUAUGUCCCAAUACCAUAGAGGCAGCGGUUAACAAAGCAAAUUCCUCAUGUAGCACCGACAAUAUAUUGCGUACUUGUAGCAUAUUAUAUUAUUUACUAUUGUCACUACAGUUGAAGUUGUAGGGCUGUAAACAUUAUAGUUAUAGGUUGUGAUAGAACUGUGAUCUAAAACUCUUAAUAAUAAUGAUAAUAAUAAUAAUCCCAAUACAUUUUAUU